CAAAUCUCCCAAACAAUAACAAACCAGCGUGGUGGCGAGGACACGCUCCGCUCUCACAGGAGGCAGCGCUGGAGGACCUGGCCCGACCUGCCGGCGGCGACACCCUCAGCCCCUACACUGCCUGCCACGCCCUCAGGUGUACACAGACUUCCCUUCAGAAGUUCCGGCAACUCGACAGGACCAACAACACCCGCUAUCACUGACGGAGCUCCCCUGAAACACUCCAAAAGACAACCACCACCACCGCCAUGGCCACAGCCACAGGGGAGAAUCAGGAGGCCCCAGCAGCCCCCGCCAAGCCCCGGGUGUGCGGUACGUGCGGGGCAGCGGCCAGGUACACGUGCCCGGGGUGCGGCGUGCGGACGUGCUCCCUGCCGUGCGUACAGGCCCACAAGGAGGCCAGCGGGUGCACGGGCGUGAGGGACAGGACGAAGUUGGUGUUCAAGGAGGAUAUGGACAACCUCACCCUCCUCAGCGACUACAGGUUCCUGGAGGAGGUUGACAACUUGCUGGAGGACAACACGAGGCACCAGCUGCACCGCAUGGCCAAGAGGCGGCGGCCCGAUGAGCGGCCGUCCCUGCCCCCACACCUACAGCGUCUGCAGGCCCAGGCAGCGCAGCGCGGCACCACACUCAAGUUCAUGCCAGUCUUCUUCUCCAACCACCGACACAACUCCACGCGAUACCAGUUCAAGGAGGGGAUCAUAAGGUGGCACAUCAAAUGGAUCUUUCACCAGGCGGAAGUCGUUCUCACAGACAGCAGCGUGGACGAGAACACCUCCAUCUUUAGGGUCCUGGCUAAGUACAUGAACCCAGUGGAGAACAAACUGAGUGCGGAGGACAAGGAAAAACUCGCCUUCUACCACUCGGCCUCCUACAGCCGUGUGAGUGUGCUGAUCAAGACAGAAACGGCAGACAAACGGGUCAUCUUCCAGGAGCUUGAGCCGUAUAAGAAUCUCAGGGUUAACUUUGCAAACAAGGUGAUCACAGAAUACCCAGUGCUGUAUAUUGUCUUGAAGGACCAUCUGGAGUCUUACCUGGAGUACGAGAGUGAGGGGCACGAUGAUCUCUUCUCCGAGGUUGAGGUGAAGGAGGAGCAGAAGAAGGACGAGUUGAAGUUCUUUGAGGCGGAUAGUGAUGAGGAUGAUAAUGAUGAGUCUGAGUGAUGUUGAAGGAAAGGAGAGAGAAUGAACUUGUGAUGAUGUUUGAGUGGUGUCCAAUGCAACUCUUUUUGGAGGUUGGAGGAAGGGAGGAAUAGAACUUGAACUUUGAAUGAUAUCCCAUAAAUACUCUAUGAAUUUUAAAGAGAAGAAGGAAUAGAUAAUUAACUAAUGAUGAUAUCCAUAUGAAAUCUCUCCUCAAGUGUUAAAGGAAAUGAACUUACAUAAUAUAAUUACUCUUGAAUGAUAAAGAGGAGGAAUAGAGAAUAAACUAAUGAUGAUAUCCAAAUGAAAUCUCUUCUUGAAUGUUGAAGGAAAGGAGGAAUAGAGAAUGCAAUAAUGAGAAAGAGUCUGAAUGAUAUACCAAAGUAAUCUUAUCAGUACAUAUAACUCUGCUCUUGAAUUUGAAAAGAAACCAAAAAUAAAGGUUUUGAAGCUCAGCACAGCAAGAAAAUACACUUAUAAGAAUGUGAAUGAAAAAAAAAAAAUCAGAGUUGGAAGCUGAAUAAAGAAAAACUUAAUCCUCUCAAAGGUGGGAGAGAAUUUGGAACAAGGAAAGGAUGAUUUAAACCUCAGUAACUUAAGAAUACAAAAAGCCUUCUGCCUCAACUUUAUGCAUCCCAACUAGUUUAUUGAUAAGACUGACGCAGGACAUUCAGACAUUUUUUUUUCUUUUUCUUUUACAUCUACGCCUAUAACGCCGGUAGGCUUCCUUGAGGGGCCUGGAUGGUGUUCGGCCCCAGCCCAUCAUGGCACAGGCAAGUGUUUAUAGUGGCGCCAUGACAGUUGAUCAAGGUCACCCUCCCCCUUCCUGAAUAAUUUGACAAGAUAUUCUGCUGAGUUUUAUGUUGAUGCCCUUGAUUCAUCAUGUUCACUGGAUUUAUUUCAUUUGGUGUAAGUUCAGGGACACACCAGCCAGCAAGGACGAAGCAUGUAGAGGGUGUGUGUCUUAAUCUCUCUGUUGAUUUAUGUAAGUCUAUAUAUAGUUGCUGAUCCCACCACAAAAGAUCUUCUGUCGCAAUCGUUCUGUAACAUGACAUUGAACAUUAUGUAAGGUGUGUUGAAAACUCCAGGUGUACAGAUAAGGACAAUUCUGAGUCUUCUGCACCCAUUCUGACACAACUCUGAAUGACUCGGAAGAAAAAUUGCCAGUCUUGAGGAUAUUAAGUGUGACCUCCUCUGUGGUGCAGUGGUUAGCGUGCCUAGCUACGAAUGCGCUGGCCUGAGUUUGAGUCUUGGCCCGGGCAGUCAGCAUGCAGCCCACCCAGCUGUUCAUUCUCCCUUCCAAGCUGGUCUGUCAUGGGUACCCGGGAAAGCCUGGGGAAGGUAGCCGUGGUAACCUGGGUGUUGGCCCAGCCAUGCAGAUCUGUGAAUGUGCUUAAGUAGCCAUGGGGAUACCUGCUGUGACCAGCAAUGUGCUGCUGAGUCUGCAACACAGUAAGAUGGUGGGCAUUUAUGCCGCUGCUCCCCAAAAUGAACACUGCCACCUGGCUGCUGGCACCCCCAGGUCUCUGUCUACCAGUCGCUAUACAUUUCCUGCUAGUCCUCUAGAACUGGGCAUGUCCUGCUGCACCACGGCCCACUGGAGGAGGAAGGCCAAGCCACUUGUGUUAUAUGACAUGUGUCGGACAACCUUCAGUAGCUGCUGUAGUUGAUGUGAGCCGCCCCAGCACAGCGGUGACCACACCUGCCGACAUGACUCACCCCGGCGAUCAAGGUGGUUUGAUCAUGUGAGGAACACAUUCAGCGGCAGGCUUAAGGCUCAUCUCUAUUUACUUUGUAAAUACUGUGUAAAUACUGAUGUGAAUGUGCCUAGUAUUAUAUUCUGUUUCUACUUAU